AGAGAUCAGAAUCCCGCGACGUCACACAGGUCGACGGAAACCAACAUGGCAGCCUACAGUACAGGAAGCGCUGAAAUGUGAGAAGUCAGAAAAACGAAGGACUUCUGCAAUUAUGCUGGGUUUAUCCAUAAAAGAGGUGUCUGCUGCUCUGAGGGAAGGAAAGCUCUCGGCUACGGAGCUGUGCAGAAAAUGUUUGCAGCGCAUCAAGAAGACGCGCCACCUCAACGCCUACAUCACUGUUACAGAGGAACUGGCAAUGAGACAGGCACAGGAAGCGGACGACAGGCUGCUCAGAGGUAAACCUCUUGGUCCACUGGAUGGGAUUCCUUUCUCCGUAAAAGACAACUUCUGCACAGAAAACAUAGAGACCACGUGCGCUUCUCGCAUGCUACGAGGUUAUUGUCCUCCGUUUAAUGCUACAGUGGUGCAGAAGUUACUGGAUCAGGGGGCUGUGCUCGUUGGGAAGACCAACUUGGACGAGUUUGCGAUGGGGUCGGGCAGCACUGAUGGAACGUUCGGUCCUGUGAGAAACCCCUGGAGUUACGCUGCUCCAUACCGGACGCUCAGCCGUGGAACAGAUCCGGACUCUGAUUGGGUGAUUACAGGCGGGAGUUCAGGAGGAAGUGCAGCGGCUGUGGCAUCUCUGAGCAGCUUCCUUGCACUGGGCUCUGAUACGGGCGGUUCCACUCGUAACCCCGGCUCUCUGUGUGGCGUCGUGACUCUGAAGCCCAGCUACGGUCUGCUGUCUCGUCACGGCCUCAUCCCCCUCGUUAACUCCAUGGACGUCCCGGGCAUCAUGAGCAGGAGCGUCCACGACACCGCCAUCGCACUCAAUGUUCUUCAGGGUCGGGAUGAAAAAGACUCGACUACAGUCCAGGCUCCUGAUUCUCAUCCCGCUGCUCUCCCUCAGGAGUUUGAUGUCAGAGAUCUUUGCGUGGGCGUCCCGAAGGAGUACCACGCUCCGGGUCUGUCGUCCGAGACGCUGUCUCAGUGGACCCGUGUGGCGGCCAUGUUUGAGCGAGCUGGGGCGCGGGUGUGUGAGGUGUCGCUCCCUCACACUCAGUACUCCAUCGUGUGCUACCACGUGCUCUGCUGCUGCGAGGUGGCGUCCAACAUGGCGCGCUUCGACGGCCUGCAGUACGGUCACCGCAGCGCAGUGGAGAGCUCGACUGAAGCGCUGUACGCCACCACGCGGCACGAGGGCUUCAACGACGUCGUGCGGCGGAGGAUCCUCUCAGGAAACUACUUCCUGUUGAAACAGAGCUACGAGCGCUACUUUGUGAAGGCUCAGCAGAUAAGGCGUCUGAUCACGGAGGAUUUCCGGCGCGUGUUCGCCUCCGGCGUGGACGUCCUCCUCACGCCCACCACACUGAGCGACGCAGCCACGUACUCAGACUUCAUCCAGGAAGACAAUCGCACACGCAGCGCACAGGAUGACAUCUUCACCCAGCCCGUCAACUUAGCAGGUCUCCCCGCUGUCACCGUCCCGACGUCCCUCUCCAGCCGAGGACUUCCUCUCAGCCUGCAGCUGAUUGGCCAGCGCCUCCAGGACAGGAAGUUGCUGGCAGUGGCUCAUUGGAUGGAGCAGCAGCUCGAUUUUCCCCUCAUCCGAUUUCACGACGAAGACGACGUACAGGACUCAAAAUCAGAGCGGAACAGAGACCGAGAACGCACGUCAGGGUCGUGAAUGAUGACGUCAUCUCAUAUGAACACGUCGUAGAGAAAUCCGCCAUGGCUUUACGGCUUUUUUUAACAUCCUGGAAUGGAUCUUGUGUCUCAAAGCAUUACACAGUUUUCUCUUCAUGAUUGUAAGGAUCUAAAGAUAUUUAACACACUAUGAGAAAUUAAAGCCACUUUGUCCUAAAUGAUACCAAAGCAAAUUUCAGCUGUUGAAUUCUGGAUUCUGAUUGGUCAGAAGGUGUUGAUAGCUCAUUCACAAGGACUUGUACGGCGGACAGUCCACAUCUAAAACUAAUAAAAAAAAUUGUUAUUUAACAACAAAAUCCUGACACAUGUUUCGGUGGUGAAGUUUUCUGUAAGGGAACGUUUAUUUAAUGUUUAUGCUCAGAGGUGAAGCUGUAACUUGACGUUUUCUGACAUCUUCGGGAGGCUGGUGAGGGAACAACUGUUUAUAGCUGCUACUGCUGCAAGUGACAAAUUGUAUCGUGGACUUUCCAUAACAUUAAAGACAACUAUAAACAGAUAAAAAGUAUUGUGCGUCG